UCGGCCAGCCUCCCUAGGCCACAGUUUCACUUUUGGGUCUGUGCACUUGCUCAGAAGCUUCCCGGCACAGCCCUGGUCUGCAGGAAGGCCUUGCUUCACGUCGUGGGCCCGGAGCCUGGGGUGACGGUCACGCCCUGAUCGCAGAACGCCUGAGCCAUCUGUACCCCUCGGGAGCAUGACGUCCACCUUCGAAAGGGUGGUCAAGAGCGUGGUCCGGGAGCUGGACCCCAAAGGAGACCUCAUCCCCGUGGACAGCCUGCGGAGCUCCACCAGCUUCCGGCCCUACUGCCUGCUGGGCAGGAAGCUCUCCAGCUCAUGGUUCUGGAAACCCCGCUACAAGUGUCUCAACCUGUCCAUCAAGGACAUUCUGGAGCCUGAUGCCCCAGAACCAGCUGUGGAACGCGUCGCCUCCUUCCACAUCGAAGACCUCGUGGACGGGAUGGUGCAGGGCAACGUGGAGGUGAAAGCCCUGGGACAGGGCAAGUUUGUGAGCGGGGCAGCGGUGUCGGCCACAGCCAGCACCUCCAUGGACGUGUGCGUGCUGAAAGUGCCCCUCCACACCUGGGGGGCCAUGAACAAAGAAAGGCGCCUGCGGCAGCCGGAGCACAAGAUCCUGCAGCAGCUGCGGAGCUGCGGGAGUGACGUGUUCGUGGUGACGGAGGUGCUACAGACGCAGGAGGAGGUGGAGGUCACCCGGGCCCAGAAGCAGGAGGGCUGUGGCCAAUUCGCCCUGCCCGGAGUCCUACGCGUGCAGGGCAAGGGCCAGGGCCACCUGAACCGGAAGAAGACAGUCACCAUCCCCUCAGGCAGCGUCCUUGCAUUCCAGACGGCCCUGCUGGUUAUUGGCCCUGACUGGGAGAUCCACCACCUCCAGCACAAGGACGAGAGGACCUUCAGGCUGCCCAAGACAGGCCACAAGCCUACAAGCAGCACAGGUCUCCUGUCACAGAUACCUCUCAGCUACUUCAAGAUGAGGUUCCCAUCUACACCCGUGGACAUGGUGUCGGAUGGGGACAUUGAGGACCAGAUGCCAGUCACUGAAGACUUCCAGGGCCUGAAGGUAGAGGUUAGUGUCCACGCUGACGGCCUGAAGGGCUUGUCCGGGGAACUGUGCGGGCAGAUCCUGGCAGGCCUGAUGAAGGUGUUGCGGGAAGAGCCGGCCUUGGAGAGCCUCCAGGAGGAGCUGGAACAGGGCCUGUGCUGUGGGUGGGUGGCGUCCCCCGAUGCCCCGGGGGGUGCCAUCCUGGAGUGCCUGGUGCAGUCCUCUGGAAAGGUAGAGGAAGAACUCGCCCGCCCCAUCCUCUACCUCGUACAAGCACUGACUGAGCUGAACGAAACCCAGCGUGCACUGCUCGCGGAGGUGCUGGAGACAGGGGACCUGUCCGGGCAGUCCAGGCUGGUGCAGAGCGUCCUGGAGCAGAGCUCCCCCUGGAAGGAACACAGGGCUGUGUCCCUGCCGCAGGAGCUCCUGGGGAGCAGCUGGGACUCAAAGGCACCUGCCUGGGUCCUGCUGGAGGAGUGCGGCCUGGAGCUGCGGGUGGACGUCCCCCAGGUGCACUGGCAGCCGGACGCGCAGGGCCGCACGAGCGCCCUGUACGCCUGCCUGGUGCUGCUGCCGCAUCUGAGCCAGGACAGCGCUUAGGGCCGAGCCUGGCUCUCCCGCCGGGGCGCCUGGGCAGCGCUCCGGGCGGGGCGGGGCUCCUGCCCAGCUGGCGGCCAGCCCCGGGAAGGCGAGAGCCCGACCGGCCACGUGGCCGGUUCAGCGUGGGGCCAGGAGUUGGGGAAAGUCAAUAAAUGCGAUGUGUAAAGGAAA